ACUUUUCUUUUAACAGGGUCCUGGUCUCCUGUUGAAAGUGAUGGAAUAAUCUGGUCAGCAUCUGCCAUAUUGAGAAACCAGCUCCUAAAACAGCUUGCCUGGGAGAAAGUUUGUGAAAUAACGCAGUAACAUGUUUGCAGUAACCAGCAUGUUUUGGAAAUUUGAUCUUCAUUCAUCAUCCCACAUAGACACACUUCUAGAGAAAGAAGAUGUAACACUGAAGGAACUGAUGGAUGAAGAAGAUGUGUUACAAGAGUGUAAAGCUCAAAAUCGCAAACUUAUAGAAUUUCUUUUGAAAUCGGAAUGUCUGGAAAAUCUAGUAUCAUUCAUUAUAGAAGAGCCACCUCAAGACAUGGAUGAAAAGAUCAGAUACAAAUAUCCAAAUAUAUCUUGUGAGCUGCUUACUUCAGAUGUUUCACAGAUCAAUGAUAGACUGGGUGAAGAGGAAUCAUUACUAAUAAAACUGUACAGUUUUCUUCUAAAUGAGCCCCCUCUAAAUCCAUUAUUGGCCAGUUUCUUCAGCAAGGUGCUGAGUAUUCUUAUUAGCAGAAAACCAGAACAGAUUGUGGAUUUCUUAAAGAAAAAGCAUGAUUUUGUAGAUCUCAUAAUAAAGCACAUAGGAACCUCUGCUAUUAUGGAUUUACUACUCAGGCUACUGACAUGCAUAGAACCUCCACAGCCAAGGCAAGAAGUAUUAAAUUGGUUAAAUGAAGAGAAAAUUAUUCAGCGGCUUGUGGAAAUCGUGCAUCCUUCUCAAGAUGAAGAUAGACAGUCAAAUGCAUCCCAGUCACUUUGUGAAAUUAUACGCUUGAGUAGAGACCAGAUGCUACAAGUACAGAACAGUUCUGAACCAGAUCCACUGCUUGCAACACUAGAAAAACAAGAAAUUAUAGAACAGCUGCUAUCAAAUAUUUUUAAUAAAGAGAAAAAUGAAUCUGCAAUAGUCAGUGCAAUUCAGAUAUUACUGACUUUACUGGAAACCAGACGGCCAACAUUUGAAGGUCACAUAGAGAUUUGCCCUCCAGGUAUGAGCCACUCAACAUACUCGGUCAAUAAAAGUGUAUUAGAAGCCAUAAAAGCACGACUUGCAUCUUUCCACGAACUGCUCCUGGAGCCCCCCAAAGCCAAAUACAGGUGCUACUCUAGGGAUGCUGGUGUGUGGACAGGCAGUUUUCUCUUUUCUGCCUUGGGGAAGGUCGUGUUUCAGAUUCCCAAAAGUGUUAUGAAGACAACAUGGGGUGUACUGGAUCCACCUGUAGGGAAUACCAGGUUAAAUGUGAUUAGGUUAAUAUCCAGCCUUCUGCAGACAAAUACAAACAAUGUCAACCAGGAACUGAUAGAGCUCAACAGCAUAGGAGUUAUACUGGACAUGUUUUUUAAAUACACAUGGAACAAUUUUUUGCAUACUCAAGUAGAAAUUUGUGUUGCACUGAUUCUUGCAAGUCCUUUUGAAAGCACAGAAAAUGGUACAGUCUCAGAUCCAGAUCCCACUAGAGACAACCUUUUGCUGAAACACAUUUUCCUUAAGUGCCAUUUAAUAGAACGAAUACUUGAAGCAUGGGAUAUGAAUGAAAAGAAACAAGCUGAAGGAGGGAGACGCUAUGGCUAUAUGGGUCACUUAACAAGAAUAGCAAAUUGCAUUGUGCACAGUACUGAUAAAGGGCCAAAUUGUACACUGGUGCAGCAACUUAUUAAAGAACUUCCAGAUGAAAUCAGGGAUCGAUGGGAAUCUUUCUGCACAAACGCUUUAAGCGAAACCAACAAGAGAAACACAGUGGACUUAGUUACUACUUGUCACAUUCAUUCAUCCAGUGAUGAUGAAAUUGAUUUUAAAGAAACUGGUUUUUCACAAGAUUCUUCACUGCAAGAAGCCUUUUCUGAUUAUCAGAUGCAACAAAUGACGUCCAAUUUUAUUGACCAGUUUGGCUUCAACGAUGAGAAGUUUGCUGAUCAAGAUGACAUCGGCAAUGUUUCUUUUGAUCGUGUAUCAGACAUCAAUUUUACCCUCAAUACAAAUGAAAGUGGCAACAUUGCUUUGUUUGAAGCAUGCUGCAAGGAGAGAAUACAGCAAUUUGAUGAUGGUGGCUCUGAUGAAGAAGAUAUCUGGGAAGAGAAACAUAUUGCUUUUACUCCAGAAUCUCAGAGAAGAUCCAGUUCAGGCAGUACAGACAGUGAAGAGAGUACAGAUUCUGAAGAAGAGGAUGGAACAAAGCAAGACCUGUUUGAAUCAAGCACCAAUACAGAAGACAAGAUGGAAGUAGAUUUGAAUGAAACACCUAACUGGUCAGCUAACUUUGAUGUUCCUAUGGAAACCACACAUGGCACUAAUCUGGAUUCUGUUGGGUCUGAUGUGUGGAGCACAGAGGAACCAAUGCCAGCAAAAGAAACUGGUUGGGCUUCCUUUUCAGAUUUCACCGUAAGUUCAAAAGAUUCUUUGAGAAGUAAUUCACCUGUGGAGAUGGAAACCAACACUGAACCAGUGGAUCCUCUGAAUGCAAAUGUAGCUGCCCUUGUGACCCAGCCAGAAAAUGUAGGAAGUAUUGCAAUGGAAGCUGGUUCUGAUGGAGAAGAUGAUACGGAAAACGCAGAUAAAGUGACUGAAACAGUAAUGAAUGGCAGCAUGAAGGAGACUCUUAGCCUUACUGUAGAUGCUAAAACUGAAACUGCUGUCUUCAAAAGUGAGGAAGGAAAACUGUCUACCUCGCAAGAUGCUUCUUGUAAAUAUGUGGUGGAAGAGAAUGCAGAUGCUGGAGAAGAAAGUCCUGCAGCUCCGCAACCCACUUGCAGCAGCCUGGAGCAGAGGGCUGAUCAACAAACCAUUCUAGCAGAGGCAUCUGUUAAUGGCCCUGUAUGAUAUGUGAUAUUGACUGAUGAUAACUGAAGAAUAUGAACUGAUUUCAAGGAUAUGAUUCCUGAGGAUUUCAUCUAGAACCUAUUGGAGCCAGUCACUGCUGCAUUUAAUUUCACAAGUGAUCAGGACCAGCAACAUUUAUAUUCUAGAUUUUGAGACAUUGUACAGAAAUUCAUAAGUGUAAAAAUUGCACAUUGAAGAAUACCAAGAAAUUUUUGCGUAUGUUUAUAUUGUAUUGUUCUAAAUGAUGGGUGAUUGUGAAAUAAGAACUUGCCACCCAAGUAACAUUAGUAAUGAUACUAUAGUUAAAAAUGGCUGUAAGAAUAGUUUUAUAUAAAAAAGUGAAUACACAAAUCUAAUGUAUUUGAGGCAUACUAUUUGACAAUUAGUGACCAAAGUAUGUAGCAAUUUUCAUAAUUUUUCACCCAAAACAUUUUUAAGUCUAUCUUUCUUUCAUUUGGCAAAGAAUUGUUCAAAUGCAAUGCCCUUUAAAUGUUUGGUUGCUUUAGAUUUAAAACAAUGAUUUAAAAAGAAUUUUGGUGUUUGACAUACUACAGCAGGCUUUCAACUGGUAAUUGUUUUCUGUAUUGUUUAAACCAGAUCAAAAUGUAAGUCUAUCGGUAGAGAUUUUAAGUAUUUAUUACUACAGCUUAGUUGACAGAUUGAUGUUACUGUAAAGCCAUAUGUUCUGUUAAGUCUUGUUUGCUUGAAACAAUACCUUACAGGUGAAACACUAGAAUAUUUUGAAGUGCACAUGGCUUGUGUAUUUUUACAAGACUCACCUUUUUUUAACCCAUUCACCAAGAUGUACUUUAAUUUAGAGCAUUACAAAAUUACCCAUUUUGAAACAAUCUUCAUAUUUAAAACACUGUAAUCCUUUUGACAAAUCAAAUAAAUAUAACAAAUGCCCAUGCUGCUCUUGUAAUUAAAGUUCGUGUUUUAAAGAUGUAAUGUCUUUAAAUAUCCAAAUUGGGCACUUGAGCAUGUUAAUUGUUAUAUUUUCACUGUUUUGAUCUGUGUGAAGAUUUCAUUUGUAAGUUUUAAACCAGUUUUUUUCAUAACUGGGUUGUGUAUAUAUAUAUAGUGAUUAUGGAAACUAAUUGUAAUUUAUAAUUUUCUAUGUCAUAAAAUUCCAGCCGCCUUUUCAAACAGAAGCAAUAUAAUGUAUAUUGCCACAUUCUUUGGUGGAAGGGUUAAAGAACACCUCUUGCACUUUAAGGUGCAAAAUCCACUUUUCUUCCUUUCAAAAGAAGUUAUUCAUGUAUUUUUACAUCAUAUGUUUUCCUGACCAGUAUUUAAAAGCCAAAAGGAUACUCUAAACAAUGGCCAAUGAUUUAUUUUAGAAAGUGUCCCAAGCUAUGUGCCUAAUAUUACAUUGCAUACAGAAAUAAAAACAAAUGUAUACUGG